UACAACUUAAAUGGACUUCGAAGGACGUAAACUAGUUAAGAUUGCCUAGUGUUCUUAUUAAUAUUAGUUUGCUGCCAACUACUUAACUAGAAGUUCAUGCAUCUCUCCCCUUUGCUAUGAUGUAUCGAGCGUCUCUAUAAAUACCGCAUCUCCAUCCCUCGAGCACAACCACAAGGAGGCAAAAAAAGGGAUCAGUAAGAAGAAGAAAGAAACUAUGGCCAUAACUGCAUUUCCCGACUCUAGUUCAAUCGUAACGCUCCUCUCGGAGAGCACCGUCUUCCCCGAGCGUCCCACUCGUCCGAGCCUCUCCAAGCUCACCGCCUCCGACCUCCCCAUGCUCUCCGUCAACUAUAUUCAGAAGGGCGUACUCUUCCCCACAUGCCCCGCUGUCUCCGGGGACGCCCUUCUCCAACUCAUCAAGGCCGCCCUCUCCCGCACCCUCGUCUACUUCCCCAUGCUCGCCGGCCGCCUCCGGACCGACUCCAGCGGCUUCGUCUACGUUGAUUGCGACGAUUCGGGAGUCCCGUUCGUCCACGCUGCUGCCCCCAGCGUCAUGCUCGGCCACGUUUUAGCGCCGAACGACGUGCCGGUAUUCGUGCGCCAGUUUUUUGCCCUCAACGAUGCUGUCAGCUACGACGGCCAUUUCAUGCCCCUGGCCGCCGUCCAGGUGUCUGUGCUGGCUGACGGAGUCUUCAUCGCGGCAACCGUCAACCACGCAGUCGCCGACGGCACAUCCUUCUGGAACUUCUUCAACACUUGGGCUGAGAUCGCGCGGGGGUCGAACGAGGUCUCGCGCCCGCCUGAGACUCAUAGGUUCUUCGUCAAAGAUUCAGCGGCGGUUCUCCGAGUCCGGUUCGAGGGCAGCCGUAAUGCGCCGGGUAAGAUCCUGACUCCUCCGACGGCUCCGGUCAGGGAGCGGAUAUUCCGCUUCAGCCGGCAGGCGGUUCUCGACCUGAAGGAGCUCGCUAACAAGGGGAAGCUCUUCAACAGGGAGAUGAUGGAGGUCGAGGUGAUGGGUAAGGAAAGCAACGAUGUUUGGAAAAAGGCCAAGUCCUGCAAUGGCCAAAGGGCAACAAGCGCAGCGAGCUGGCCGAGAAGAGUGUCGCCGACGGCGGAAGUAUCGUCGUUUCAAUCGUUAUGCGCGCAGAUCUGGAGGUCGGUGACGCGCGCGAGGAGGCUUCCCUCGACGAAAAGGACGACAUUCCGGAUGGCAGCGAACUGUCGGCACCGGCUGAACCCCCCGCUUCACCCUGAGUAUUUCGGGAACGCCAUCCAGAGCAUCGCGACGGCCGCCGAGGUGGGUGAUCUCCUCAAGCGGGAGAUUGGGUGGGCGGCAGGGAUGCUCCACCGCGGGGUGGUGGAGCACGGAGACGCGACUAUCAGGGGGAUGGUAGACGAAUGGGAGAAGGCGCCGCGGGCGUUCCCGCUCGGGAACGCCGACGGGGCGUCUAUAACCAUGGGCAGCUCCGCCAGAUUCCCCAUGUACAACAACGACUUUGGGUGGGGCCCGCCGGUGGCUGUGAGGAGCGGACGAGCGAACAAGUUCGACGGGAAGAUGUCGGCGUUUCCCGGCCGGGAUGGCUCCGGGAGCGUCGACGUCGAGAUGUGCCUCGCCCCCGACACCAUGGCGCUGCUCGAGCGCGACCCAGAGUUCAUGCGGUACGUCACCGCCGCGCCAUAGACACACUACCGCCCCGCGGUUCAGCCGAGAUAUGAGAACCGAAGCUUUAUCAAGAACUCCGUUUUCUGCGGCGAUUUUUGUGUGUUUCCUACGUAUUAAAACUGUAAACAGAUAUUC